AUGAAGGUUCUCUUUCUUUCUGCUGUUAUCAUCUGUUUGACUCAAAUGAACUCAGGGGAUGUUCCACCUGGAAUUAGAAAUAUUAUCUGCCUGAUGCAACAAGGACACUGCAGACUUUUUUUCUGCCAUUAUGGGGAGAAGAAAUCUGAAAUCUGCUCCGAACCCUGGAAUAGGUGCUGCCUACCAGUUAAUAAUGAAGAAACCCAAGCUAAACUACAGUUGAAUUAA